AUGAAGUUGAAACAAAAAGGAUUACGUAAAAAGUUUCUGACCAAACGUAAGAAAAAGAAUAGUGACAGUGGGUCUAUUACCUCCCCUGAAGUUGAUCUCACUUUAGAAGGAAAUAAUGCUUCAGUAUUUUUUGAUCUGCCAAUCAAAAAUGAUUUGGAAGGAGAUUCUGGUGCCUCCAUGACAAUGUCACCACGAUCUCCUGGUUCUCCAGAUCCUGAUUGUCUGACGCCAGUCGCUGUAACAGACGACAGUGGAACUGAGGAUCAAGUGCAAGAAAUAUCUCAAAUGUUUGCUGACUUAAUCAAAGAGGUUGAAAAUGGAAAUUCUACGGAUAGUACGUUAAUAGGUGAUCAGUCAUUGGUCUCUUCUGGUCAUGUGUCUCCUGUCUCUGAUCAGGAACUAGAGAAACUAGAAAUGGAAGAUGAAUUUAUGGAAUAUAAAGGUCCAACAAUCAAAAGUUUUUAUCAACGAAAUUGGAAUUCAUCAUUUGUGUGUUCGUGUGAUCCGUCCAGUGUAUGUAAAAUGGAUGUUAUUAUAAAACAUGUACACAUAUCACCAGGGAAACCUGAUGAUCAAGUGGAUUGUGUCCAAAUUCUUGGAACUUAUUUAGUCAAGAUACUUUCAAUUAAAAAUAAAAAAAGCACCACUUAUAAUAAUAAUGAUUCUUUAUUUUACACUGGUCAGAAUUAG